AUGGUCAGCUCGAAAAGCGCCCUCUUGCUCCUCGGAUGCACCUAUGCAGCAUCCGGGGCUCUGCUGGACCCCCGUGAUGCCAAGCCCAGGCCGUUGGGCGGAAUCGAGGAGCGCCAAGUGCCCUCGCCGGUUGUCGAGACGCCGACCGCUGUCGUGACGCCGCAGCCGGCUUUGCCCAGCAUGGUCAAGAACUGCGACCGGUUCCAUCUUGUCAAGCCCGGCGACACGUGCCGGCAGGUUGCCGUGCGGUACGGACUCACGACGGACCAGUACAUGGGGUGGAAUCCGAGUGCCGGGCCCGAGUGCACGACGCUCUGGGCCGGCUACUAUUCGUGCGUCGGAGUCCGUCCCAAGCCGCCUGGUCCCGUCCAGAGGCCGCAGCCGACGCAGCCCACCAUCGCGCCCAACUGCAACCAAUUCCACCUCGUCAGGGCGGGCGAAACGUGCAACCACAUUGGCGCCCAGUACGGCAUACCGCCCGACAACAUCAUCGCUUGGAACCCCAGCGCGGGCCCAGACUGCACGACGCUGUGGGCUGGCUACUAUGCUUGUGUCGGCGUUGACAAGGGAUCGUCACGCCAUUGA